AUGUCGGACCCUGUCUCUACCUCUGACACCUCCAUCCCCAUCCGGUCGGAACCCGGGAAGAGCGGCAACCAAGAGUCAAAACUGACACCCCUCGAAAAGUCAGAACUGGCUCUCGCCGACAAAUACAGCUCACCUGAUGUUUACAUUAGCGGUGAAAGGGACACCUGCUGGCAUCCCUGGCACGAAAACCUUGAGCUGAAGCCGCUGCGAUUUGAGACUCGGACAGGCACGUUUGUGGUCGUCCUGCGCAGCUCCGAAGACACCUGGCUGGGCAAGCAUAGACAUCGCGGCACUGUGACUGCCGUCACGCUCAAUGGAGAAUGGAACUAUAAGGAAUAUGGCUGGGUCGCCAGACCUGGUGACUAUGUGGUCGAGAAUCCCGGAACUAUUCACACUCUACACAUGAGCAAGGGAGCAGAGGUUGUUUUUACUGUGUCGGGCAGUCUUGAAUUUUUCAACGAUGAUGACAGCUUGAAAAACACCAUGGAUGUCUUUAGUUAUGCUCAUCUAUACUACGAGCAUUGCAAGAAGCAAGGGAUCAAGCCAAAUGACGGGUUAUGCGCAUUAGACUUGAAUAUGGAAGUGUUCGGUUGGAUCACCUCGCCUCGCUUCGGAAACCAAAAGCCGUUGGGUGGGACCGUAGAGUCGGCAUAUUUGCCCUACGACCUCAAUCAAUCCCCUGCCAUCCUCCUGCAACGUGCAAGUCAUACAUUUUAUCUCCAUCCCUUGCUUCGAACUGGUUACUACAGCGAUAAUGCGGACAUGGACCGGAUGAUCAAGUGCGAUGAGAGACGGCCUACGUGCAGAAAUUGCGAAAAGAACCGCGUUGAGUGUAUAUCCUCCGACCUCUUGUCUUUCAAGCAUUGGCACAAUCCGUCACUUAGCAAGAGCGCGAAAAGCGCCUUUGAGUUGGAUCAUAUCUGGGUGGACAUAGAUCCGUCAUAUAGAUUUAUUGACGAGACCAGCACCAUCGCCACAGAGUACGAGAAUGUCGUUGACGGAACCGGUGCAGUCACUGGCGAAGACCAGUAUGCCUUCGAAGGAAUCGGGAAAUGGAGUCUGGGAGAAUGUCAUGACGCUCAGGCGCAACAUCGAAUACAUUAUGAUCCUGUGCACAGCGCUGAGAGCGAGAAAUUUGCUGCGACGCCAAUUCAAAGCAUGUCGAAACCACAAGCGUCAGCACCGUCAGUGACUGAUUGGGACUUCAGUGGCUUGGAAACACGAGAUAUAUCGUCUUCACGAAGCGAUGGAAUAACUUCUUCAACGGAAGCCUAUCCAGCCUCAUUUGAACCUGAAAAUGGCGUUGAUAGUCAGGUGGAUUUUUCUGAGAGUUCUCCGGCCUUUGGGGGCACAUUGAGCCACCUGCCCGUAAAUACCCCUGGUUCAUGGGGAGCGAUCAGCCAAAGAACAAAUGCAGCCGGUCAAGCUCUGCUUUUAAUGAAAAAUGAUGAUAUGAACAUUCGCAUAGCCGAGUCCCUGACUGCUGAUUCGUAUUCGUCAGUGGGGCGCUCACCAAGCGAAAGGUCUCCCAAUAACGUGAUUUCACCAGGGAGAGUGCUUUCAGCACCAAGGAUUCAGACUCCUCCGAUGCUACUUACUUCGAAAGAGGAAGCAGAUUUGCUUCGUCAGUUCAGCGCUGAAGUAGGAACCUGGAUGGACCUCUCCGACUUGUCUGAAACAUUCUCCAAGAAAGUAUGCCGGCUAGCCAUACAUGACCCCUUACUCAAAGCAGCAAGCAUUGCGUGCGCUGCUAAACAACAGUACCUGGUGGGAAAGCUGGAAGACGGUAUGCAUAUUGCACAAAAGAAUUACGACACUGCCAUAUCGCUUCUGAUCAACCAGCUCUCUGACUUGGACGAGCAAUUUGUCGGGUAUGGCUUUGCAGCCAUUGUCAUCUGCUCAUGCUAUGAAAUGCUAGAUGCUCCGACCGCGAACUGGCAGAGACAUCUGGACGGCGUUUUCUCCUUUGGCAGGGUACAAAGAGUAAAUGGAUCGUCUGGGGGCAUCCCACAGGCCGCUUUCUGGUCCAUCGCGCGACAAGAAGUGGUGUGUGCUAUUAUAAACAGGUCGAAGUUGAGACUGGAUCCAGAUUUUUGGGUCAUUGACCUUGAAAAUAUUGGACAGGAAGGUAGUGAAGACUUGGUAAAUAACCAGUAUGUGGCCUCUCCAUCUGAUGAUACGUUGACAAGGCAUAUUCUGAUGAGUAAAGAAUUCUCACCAUCCUCGCCAAGACGGUGA